AUGGAAGCGGUUGCUACAGCUGGCGUUGAAGUUGUUGUGCAAAACCUGAUCAACUUUCUCAAGGAAGAGUACUCUCUGCUUCGAGGUUUCGAGGAAGAUGCUGGAAAGCUGCAGGAGACUUUGGAGAUGGUUCAAGCCUACUUGAGUGGUGCUGAGAAGAAAUCCACCACACAAGCUGUCAAGAUCUGGUUGAGGCGGCUUGAAGAUGUGGCUUUCCAUGCUGAUAAUACCUUGGAUGAACUCAACUAUCAUUUUCUCUACAAAAAAGUGAGGCAAAUGGACGCACCCCUUCCCAAGCUGAAGAAUAAGAGAUGUGAUGUGCCUAAACUAGUUGACAUGCUAAUCCAAACAUACCCCGAGGAAGAGAAACGGAUGUUCUCCAUCGUUGCUCUUGUGGGAAUGGGGGGUAUGGGAAAAACUACGUUGACUAAAAAAGUCUUCCAUCAUGAAAGGGUGAAGGCUCGAUUUGGAUCACUUCUUUGGGUUCAUGUUUCUCAAACCUUUGAUCCCAUCAUUCUUUUCAAAAGAAUCCUUUCUUCAUUGACUUCACAUGGUGGUGAUGAAUGUCAGAGUAAGGAAGCUAUCCUGAGAAAGCUUCAAGAAGCUCUGAAGGCUAAAACAUAUCUUCUUGUUCUUGAUGAUGUAUGGAAUGAAGAUGGUACAAAGUGGGACGACUUUCUAAAUUCCAUGUCCGGAGUAACUUCCACUAUGGGAAAUGGCAUUAUCAUCACUACUAGGAAUCAAGAGGUUGCUUCAAUUGUGCGACCACUUGAAUUCACUUUAAGUGGCUUAUCAGAUGAUGAUUGUUGGUCCAUAAUCAAAUCAAAAGCUUUUGAUAGAAAUGAAGAAGUUCCACCACAAUUUGAGAUUACUGGAAAAAAGAUUGCAGAAGCAUGUCGAGGUUUGCCCUUAGCUGCCAAUGUAGUUGGUGGUGUGCUUCGACGGUAUAAGUCCGAAGAAGAGUGGCUCUUAAUCAGUGUAAAUUGUCUUUCAGAUGCCGAAGACGGCAGCACCCCAGUUCGAUACAUGUUUCUCGAAGAAGAAUCAAGUCAUAUUUCAAAAGAAGUGGCCAAGCAAUUGCGUACAUUAAUCUUGAAAAGUGGAACUUCUGAUAUCUUGUUCUCAGACUUCCAAUGUCUGCAUAAUCUAACUCUCGAUGAUGAUAAUAUGACAGAGUUGCCCAAUUCAAUUAGGGAGUUGAUACAUUUGAGAUAUCUUGAUAUUUCAAAUACAUCUAUUAAAGACAUUCCGGAGUGGAUUGGUGAACUCAGUCACAUGCAAACGUUAAGAUUAUCACGUGUGUCGUCUUCGCAGAAACUGAUAGUAGAGUUGCCUGCGGAGAUUGGGAGAUUAACUAGUCUCCAAACACUACCUUACUUCACAGUGGGCGAAGAGAAGGGCUAUCAUAUUGAAGAACUCGGAAGUUUGAAAAAUCUCAAAGGAGGAUUAGCUAUUAAAAAUCUUGAGAGGGUGCGUGACAAGGAAGAGGCUCUGAAAGCCAAUAUAUUGCAGAAGCAACACUUAUCUGAAUUGCGGUUUGAAUGGGGAUCAUAUUGUUCGGGUGAAAGAAAUGAUGAGAGUGUGUUGGAAGGUCUCAGACCUCAUGCAAAUCUGAAGAAGUUGACCAUUUAUGGAUACAAAGGCAAAAGAUUUCCAACAUGGUUACAGGGUGAACCUCAAGGCUCUUGCUCACCACUUCAUAACUUGAUUCGGAUAAAACUCAAUGAGAUUGUAAAAUGUGAUAUGUUGGAAGCAUUACCAGAAGGAUUGGACACCCUCAAUUCUCUGGAGAGCUUGAGUAUAGAAAGGUGUAGAAAUCUGAAGUCGAUGGGGAAACCAAGCUGCGGAGAAGGAGAAAAUCAAGGAACCCUCCGUCGGUUGAGCAUUAUAGACUGCGGAGAACUGAGGGAAUUGCCAUGUCAAAUGCUAGAGUCGUGGGCCCCUACAAUUGAGGAACUUAAAUUGCAGGGAUUAAGGAGCCUAAUGAAUCUACCAAUGCUAAUUGACUGCCUCGCUAAAUCAUCUCAUCUCACAAAUUUGACAAUCAGAGGCGUUCCUAAAUUGAUGUCUGCUGGUAGUGUUGAGAGUUGGGAUUUAGGUAAACUUGAAGACUUUAAAUAUAGAUGUGAGUGUGGAGUGGGUGUUGCAACUCACUUGAGAGUUAACAUUAAGAGGGGUGGAAAAUUGGGAGUGGCUGCCUCAAUCAAUUCAACGUCUCACUUCUCUUUCUCGCUUAGAGUUAGAAAAUAUAGGGAUAGAAGAAUUGCCGCAAUGGUUUGGAAACCUCUCAGCUCUAAAGAUGUUAGAUCUAUAUGGCUGCACAAAGUUGAGAUAUGGCUGAAGGAGCUUGAAGCUUUGGCUUUCUAUGGUUAUUAUGUCUUGGAUGAUUUCAACUAUCAUUUUCUCCGCAAAAAAGUGAAGAAAAUACAUGCACCCAGUCCCAAGCCUAAGGAUAAGGUACUAUCAUGCUUGCCAUCCUGUAGUGGAAGUCGCAUGUCACGUUGCUCUAAAAUGGCUCAUGCCAUCAAACAAAUCAAUGUAAAAUUUGAGUCUGAACAAAGAGGCAACACAAGUAUGAAUGUGGAGUGGUCAGAAGAGGCGAGUGUUGGCAUUAAUGAGACUGUGAAUGGCAUAUUGGAAGGCUGUUGCAACUCACUUCAUGAGUUAAGAUUAUGUUGA